CUCAGUGGCUGAGCUCUCACACCAUCACCCCACCCCCCUCCUCUCCCUCAUUCCUUAGACAGAUUACCAAAGAAAGACCAAGGAGGAGCGCUGGCUUAAUGCAGCCGAAUGCUCGUGAAGAAUCCCCAUAGAAUGUGCAGCAGUAAUUUAUUUUUCAUUGUUAAAUAGUUUAUACGACUUGUAGCAUAAUCCGGAGGUUAAUAGGCUAGGCCAGUUCAUAUUUGCUUCCUAGGCUGAAGUUACAGCUGGAGAAAAACUUUUUUUGGUAGACAUCAGGAGCUCGGCGCCCCACGCGGAGGAAACAUCAAAACCAGAUUAAAGCUUUGGUAACUACACGGUAAAAUGGAACUUGCCUUGCUGGUGGCCCUCUGCUCCUGGCUAGCUCCUGCACUGGCUUCAGCAGCAGACGAUGCAAAAGAUUAUGACAGUGAUUUCAUUAUGAGCAAUGGAAAAAAUUCACCCGGAGAUUAUGAGUCUCUGAGAAUCGGUGGCCUGGUGUUUGCAGUUGUGCUGUUCCUCAUGGGCAUCGCCCUGAUCGUCAGCAGAAAAUGUACUUGUUCAAAGAGUGACUCAAGGUCCAGGGGUCCUGAUGCAGAAUCAGGAAUUCCCAGAGGCCAGUAGUAGAGCAGUCAGGGAGAGAAGGAUGGAUGUCUGUGAUUCAAGCUCCUGCCAUUAGGUGGCAGCAAACGCCUUGAUCAGAGCUGAGGACAAUCACCAACACAUUUCAAUUUCAUCAUGUUACUGUGCUUUUUGUUAUAUUUUUGCUUCCUUUUUCAGUGUUUUUAUGUAUAGUUAAUGUGUUAUCAGAAAAUCUGCCAAUUUUAUAUGGUACUCGUGAUGUGAUUGUAAUUCUACCCAAUAUUUCGGGACUUUCAAAUAAAUUGAUAAACG